UGGGUCUGGCUACUCAUGCUGAGAUGUGUGCGUUUGGUUGCGUUUAGAUCCAAACUUACCGAAGACUCUGCCUAUAUAACCUCUCCCCUGCUUCGCUCUCAUACUCAAACUGCCACCACUUCCGCCGGUUCACCAUACAAGUUCAAAACAUGGAGCAACAUUUGGUUUUCUUCGUUGCCUUGAUAUGCACCAUAGUUGCCGGCGUUGGAGGCCAGGCUCCAUCCACCUCCCCAACCACCUCUCCUGCGCCUCCCACCCCCACCACUCCCCAGGCCUCCCCACCUCCCCUCCAGUCCUCUCCGCCUCCCGCUCAGUCCUCUCCGCCGCCUCUUCAGUCUUCGCCUCCUCCUGCUCAGUCUCCACCACCGGCUGCCACACCCCCACCUGUCAGUUCUCCUCCUCCGGCCUCUCCACCACCUGCCUCCCCUCCUCCGGCCUCUCCACCACCUGCAUCCCCUCCCCCGGCCACUCCACCCCCGGCCUCUCCCCCUCCAUUUUCACCACCUCCUGCCACUCCCCCACCAGCCACCCCUCCACCGGCAACACCUCCGCCAGCAGUUCCUCCGCCGGCAUUGACCCCAGCACCUCUCUCCUCUCCACCAGCCACAUCUCCUGCUCCCGCUCCUGCCAGUCUGCUUUCCCCGUCUCUCUCUCCUUCCUUGGCUCCUGGUCCCAGCCUCUCCACCAUCUCUCCCUCCGGUGAUGAUAGUGGGGCGGAAAAGUUGUUGUCCUUUGAGAAGAUGAUUAGGAGCAUAGUAUUGGCAUGCGCUUUGCUGUCCAUGAUGUUCUAGAGAUCUCUGUCUUCGGACCCAAUUCAUGUUUUUUUGCUAUUAAUUACCUUCUAUAUAUUAUUUUGUACGUGUAUGUGAUAUGGGACUCUAUUACUGUAUUUGAAUUAUAUACAUUGCUUGCAUUCUUGGGAGAUUUCAGAGGAGGUUUUGUAUUUGAGGGCAGUUAUUCUGUAUUCCACUAUUAUUAGUUUAUCUGGCUCACUAUCUUCUUCCA